ACAAUUGGUCUUACUCACAAAACAGACAAUACACAUAAUACCCAUUCUUCCUCAGAUUCCCUUACCCAUUCUCUCAACUCCUUAUAUUUCAAUUAACUUAUUCUUUUCAGUUUUCACCUUAUCUUUUUCUAUUUUCAAGUUCUUAGCAGAAAAAAUGCUGAAGAUAUUGUUUUUGAUGUUGUUGUUUGGAAAUGCAAAUUCUUGGUUUACAUCAAAUGGCUCUAAUAAUUCUUUUAACACCUUUAAGGUUGAUGAAGAACAGUAUUUGCAAUGGCUUAAAGCUAAAGAGUUAGGUUCUUUCAAGAAUGCCGUGUUUCAGAAAGCGAAAAAUAAGUUCAAGCCUUGUUUAACUCUCAGUGUUAACAAAUAUUCAAAGUCUGCAAGAGGUUUUGCUACUAUUACAAAAGCUAUCAAUUCUAUACCGGUUAUUAAUAAUUGCAGGGUGGUUAUUUCCAUCAGUGCAGGCACUUACAGGGAGAAGAUUGAGAUUCCUGGGAGCAUGUGGUACAUUACAAUGGAGGGAGCUGGUGCAGACAAGACCAUCAUCGAGUGGGACGACACGGCUGACAAGCCGGGACAGGGUGGACAUCGAUUGGGUACCUAUGGCUCUGCUACCUUUGCCGUCAAUUCUCCUUAUUUCAUUGCCAAGAACAUCACCUUCAAGAACAAGGCUCCAUCACCACCAGCAGGAGCUCUAGGUAAGCAAGCGGUUGCGCUCCGAAUAUCGGCUGAUGCAGCAGCAUUUAUAAGAUGCAAAUUUAUUGGAGCACAAGAUACUCUCUAUGAUCACAUUGGUAGACAUUAUUUCAAGCACUGUUACAUUGAAGGUUCGGUAGAUUUUAUAUUCGGAAACGGGCUCUCGCUCUACGAGGAUUGCCAUUUGCAUGCCAAAACAAAUAGCUUUGGAGCAUUGACUGCACAGAAAAGAGAAAGCAUGCUUGAAGAAACAGGCUUCUCUUUUGUCAAUUGCAAGGUCACAGGGUCAGGUGCCCUCUACUUGGGCAGAGCAUGGGGCACUUUUUCUAGGGUUGUCUUUGUUUAUACUUACAUGGACAAAAUCAUUACUCCUACAGGAUGGUAUGACUGGGGAGAUAAAAACAGAGAAAUGACUGUAUUUUACGGACAGUACCAAUGUUCAGGACCCGGAGCCCGCUUCGGAGGAAGAGUAUCAUGGUCAAGGGAACUCACCGAACAAGAAGUGAAACCAUUUAUCUCAAUUGAUUUUGUCGAUGGCUACGACUGGCUUCCAAGCUCAUGACUUAUUCAAUUGUAUUCAUAGAAGCAUCAAUGCAGAAAUAAGAUUAUCGUAAUUCGAUCAAAUGAAAUAAUUAUUCCUUUUCCACUUCAA